GGCUGCUUUCAAACGGUUGAAGCAUGCACUCAUGAAUCAUGAAGUUCUCAUGGUUCCCGAUCCGCAGAAGCCGUUCAUAGUGACCACUUAUGCAAGCCAACGGCACAGUGCUGGCUCAGCAGGAUGGGAAAAAGUUGAGACCGAUUGAGUACAUGAGCAAGAAGAUGCCAUCCAAGAAAUUGGCGAAGUCCACCUACGAGAGGGAACUCUAUCCUCUGUAUAAAGCACUUGUCCAUUGGAGACACUUCCUUUUAGGAAGGUUCUUCUACUUGAGGACUGAUCAUCAGACCCUCAAAUGGAUCAAGACUCAACCGGCUCUUUCUGACGCACUCAAGCGGUGGAUUGAAGUCAUAGAUCAAUAUGACUUCAAGCUUGAGUACCUGAAGGGAGAGUACAACAAGGUUGCAGACGCGCUAUCACGUAGAGCAGACUACCUAGGUGCGCUAGUUUUUGACUUUGGCGUUUCUGACGAAGUAACUCAAUCAUUGGUGGGAGCCUAUCAGGAAGACCCUGUCACGAUGGACAUCAUUCGCAAGCUUCAGGCAAAAGACAAUGCCACGGAAACUCGGAGUCAGAGUCAAAGUUGGAAGAAGAAGAAGAAGAAAAAGAAGAAGAAGAAGAAGAAGAAGAGGGAGAACAAGAAGAGGGAGAAGGGGGAGAAGAAGAAGAAGAGGGAGACGAAGAAGAAUGCAAGAAAAGAAGGUGAAGGUGAAGAAGAAGAAGGUGAAGAAGGUGACGAAGAAGGUGACAAAGAAGAAACGACGAAGAAGGUGGAGAAGGCGAAGAAGAAGAAGGCGUUGAUUCCAAUGAAAGCGAAGAAGACGGCGAAGAAGGCGAAGAAGAAGGCCAAGAAGGCGAAGGCGAAGAACGCGGCAAAGAAGAAGGCAGCGAAGGUGAAGAAGACAAAGAAGAAGGCGGCGAAGAAGGCGAAGAAGGCGAAGAAGGCGAAGAAGGCGAAGAAGAAUAACGCAAAGGCGAAGAAACCGAAGAAGAAGGUGAAGAAGGCGAAGAAGGUGAAGAGGUCGAAGAAAGCGAAGAAGGCGGCGAAGAAUAAGGAGGAGAAGGUGAAAGCCGUGGCGAAGAAGAAGAAGAAGAAGAAGAAGAAGAAGAAGAAGAAGAAGAAGAAGAAGAAGAAGAAGAAGAAGAUGACGAAGGCGGCGAAGGAGGCGAAGGCGAAGAAGGUGGAGAAGGCGAAUAAGGCGGCGAAGAAGAAGGAGGCGAAGAAGAAGGUGACAAAGAAGAAGAAGAAGGCAAAGAAGAAGGCAAGACGGAGAAGAAGAAGAAGAGGGGACCUCUGCAAUGACUUGCUGUUUUCUGGCACCUUCCAAACAGAGAUGCAUCGCAUACUGAGGCCUUACCUGGACAAGUUCGUAGUUGUCUACCUUGAUGAUAUCUCGGUAUUCAGUCGUUCUGUCCAGGAGCAUGCGCAGCAUCUGGUUCUGGUCCUCCAGGCCUUACGUGAUAACCAGUAUAAGAUCAACAGAGAGAAGUCCUCUCUUGGGGUUUCCUCUGUAACCUAUCUGGGUCACGUCAUUUCUGGAGAAGGGUUGGCUCCUGAAGCAAUGAAAGUUGCUGCAGUUCAGGACUGGCCGCGACCUGCUAGCAUUCAUGAUGUCCGGUCUUUCUUGGGGCUUGCAUCCUACUACAGGAAGUUCAUCAAGAACUUCUCUGCGAUUGCAGCACCCUUGACUGAUCUCACAAAGAAAGACACUUCCUUUCUUUGGACAUCCGAAUGUCAGGAGGCCUUUACACGUCUCAAGGAGGCUUUGAUUCGUGCCCCUGUUCUGAAGCUACCUGACCCUACUCUGCCUUUUGUGCUUACUACUGAUGCUAGUCAGUAUGGGGUAGGGGCGGUACUUCAGCAGGACGAUGGGAAUGGUUUGCAGCCUAUCAAAUACAUGAGCAAGAAGAUCAAAACUAAGAAGUUGCAUGACUCUACUUAUGAGAAAGAGUUAUAUGCUCUUGUGUCAGCUUUCAAGCAUUGGAAACACUUUCUCCUGGGCAAGCACUUCAAGAUCUUUUCAGAUCACUCCACCCUCCAGUGGAUGAAAUCCCAGGGAGAGUUGAAUCACAAGCUUGCUCGCUGUAUUCAGUUCAUUGACAUGUUUGACUUUGAACUGAGACACAAGAAGGUCAUAGACCAAUAUGACUUCAAGCUUGAGUACCUGAAAGGAGAGUACAACAAGGUUGCAGAUGCGCUAUCUCGUAGAGCAGACUACCUAGGUGCGUUAGUUUCCGAAUUUGGCGUAUCUAACGAAGUAACUCAAUCAUUGGUGGGAGCCUAUCAGGAAGACCCUGUCACAAUGGACAUCAUCCGCAAACUUCAGGCAAAAGACAAGGCCACAGAAAGUGAGUUUGUGAUGGAGGAUGGGCUAAUCUAUCUUGAUAAGGCCGGAGUAAAGAGAUUGGUAGUUCCAUCUAGUGAACAGUUGCGUAGUCUACUUUUAGGCGAGUGUCAUGACGCAACUGGGCACUUUGGCUACAAGAAGACGAGUGCUAACUUAGUGCAGCAAUUUUGGUGGCCCAGAAUGCUAGAUGACGCAAAGAAGUAUGUUGAAACCUGUCAGGUCUGUCAGCGGGAUAAGCCGCGAACUCGAGCACCGCUUGGGUUAUUGAAGCCUUUACCCAUUCCUGAUGGUCCAGGAUUGAGUGUUUCCAUGGAUUUCAUGGACACCCUUGUGACCAGCAAGAGUGGUAAGAGGCACAUUUUCGUCAUCAUUGACAGAUUCACCAAGUACGCUAGACUAAUACCAAUGCCAAAGAUAGCCAGGACAAAGUAUGUCAUCAAGUUGUUCAAGGACAACUGGGUAAGGGACUUUGGUUUACCAAAGACCAUCAUUAGUGACCGAGACGUCCGCUUCACAAGUGAACUGUGGAAGAGGACUGCAGAACAGAUGGGCAGUCAACUUCAAAUGACUUCAGGGAAUCAUCCCGAAGCCAACGGACAAGCUGAACUAAUGAACAGAGUAGCACAACACUUGCUGCGGCAUUACAUCAAGCCCAACCAAGAUGAUUGGGAUGAGCAGUUGCCUCUCAUCGCCAGCUUGUACAACAAUGCUAUUCAUAGUAGUACCGGCGUUAGUCCUAACCAGUUACACUUGGGAUGGAAGCCUAGAUCAGCACUAGACUUCCUCCUACCUGAAAACCGACCUGCUGCAACUCCAGGCACACUUGAAUACAGUGUGCAAUAUGAGAAGUUGUUGCGCGAGGCUGUUGAACAUAUGAAGAAAGCUCAGCAAGCCAUGAUUGCUUCUGAGAAUCAACAUCGCAGACAGUCCACAUUUCAGGCACAAGCAAAGACCCUCGCGAAGUUAGAUAAGAUCCUGGGGUACCUUGAGGUUCUGAGCGAGGCCUGGCUCGAGGAGCAUCAGGCCAACAAGGGUCAAGAUGUGACCCUUCAUGCCAUCCGGUCUAGAUUUAGAGAGUUUGCGCGCAACGUGGUAACCCACGUCGGGACCGAAGUCAAAAAACUGAAGGAAGGCACCGAGAAGUUCUGUGUCGGCGCCAUUGAAGGCGCCAAAGUAGUGGCCACAGCAGAGGCCGCGGCGCAUCCCCGCAAAGAGCCUGUAAAGCUCAAAUUCCCUGACGCUUAUAGCGAGAAAAAGGACGAUAGUUUCGAUAAUUGGGAGGCUAGCAUUAAUACUUACGUGUAUUUACAACAUAUUGCGCUAGAGGAACAAGUCCUCGUAGCCUUCCACGCGUUGAAGGACGAAGCGGCCAGCUUCGCCAGGUCACUUGUGCGCGCCGCUGAUUGUGAGCAUAAUAUGAUUGCAUAUUCUAGGCUCACCCCUCUUUCCACUUUCCUGCAACUCCUGCGUGAGAGGUUCGCUGAUGUCACAAGGGGCGUCAGGGCCUCUGACAAGCUCCAAACCAUCCACUCGAGACAGUGGAGGAGUGCGCGAGCAAUCAAAGUUGUCAUGGACGACUCGGUAGCCGCCCGGGACCAGGGGGUCACUAAGACCCAGUUGGUCCAAUUAUUUUAUCGUGCCAUGCCAAAGCCCUUGCGAGGGCAUUUCUUCGAUAAGACCCAACAGGCCAACAUCACGUACGAUGCGUUAAGUAGAGAAUUGGUCCUGUUUGAGGCCAAGUCCAUGCCAGUUUCCAUUUUCUGGCACAAGGACUUAGACAAGGGAAAGAAGUGGAAGGGUCGUACCAUCUCUGGCCAAGUCAAGGCCAAGGAUCAUCUGAUCCUUACGUUAGACGAAGGUGGUACAGAUGAAGUCCCCUACAGUCAGAUUGAGUAGGGGCUCGAGGAGGAGGACAGUAGUGUAGGUCAGGGGAGGACCUAUGCUGCUGUCGCGCCCCCACUGCUUCAAGGGUCCGGUGAGAUAUCCUUCCCCGGA